CCUUGUCAUCCUUUAAGCAACACAUCAUUUAGAGAGUCGAUAAAGACAGACCAUUUAGAUCACAGCCUCCCGGUAGGAUUCCUCCCACACUCUAUUGUCUCCAUCCCCAUAGCCAUACUUUCACCACUCGCAAACUUCUCAUCCCUCACCCAAGACAAGCUAAAGCGGGAAACAUAAUUUCCACACCCCAUCCCCCCACCUCCACAACACAACACAACACAACCACCAUGCCAACCGUCCUCCUCAGCAACGGCAACCCCAACUGCCAACGCUACGUCCUCUCCACCCAAGAAGAACGAGCCUGCGGAUUCCGCUACGUGAGCGCCCAAGACACUAUCGUCUCCUGUACUCAGGUCGUCAAAUGCUUCUAUUACCGCUGCACCAAUUGCAAAUACGCCUAUUUUGGGAACCAGCAUUGCUCGUGGGGCCAUACCCCGCCCCUGGAGGAAGACCCCGAGGCUUUUGAACUUUGGCCCGAGGGCGAGUACACUUUCAAAACCUCCGAGGUUGAGGCGAAAGAGAGCAUGUCUGGAGGAGCCACACUCCGUGGCCGUGCCGCUGGACUCCGGCUGAGCGUUGAUGGUACCUGCACUCGGAGUACAGGAAGAAACCGAAUGGAGUGA